GUCUCGCGGGCCCCCGCUCCUUUUUCCUUUUUCUUUUUUGUUUCUUCCGCGCCGGCUCCUCCAACCGCCGCCUCUGCUGAUUCCGGGGGCGACCUAGAGAGGUCGCCCUUGCUCUGAGAGCGGCUGGCACAGGAGCCGAGUGAGGGGAGACCGAGCCGAGAGAGGGAGCCGGCGGCUUGUGGGCGGGAGCGGGGUGGCGGCGGCGGCGCGAAAGAGGGACAGGGGCGUUGUGUGAAGAAGAAGCGCCGCUUGCGGGCAGCCAGCAAAUUCCUCCUGAGGCGGCGAUACGGAGGGAAGCUGAGGGGGCAGACUGGGGAGAGAGCCAUAGCUUUGAGGCGGGGGAGGCGCGGGGCGUCAUCGUUUUCGUCGUGGAUGUGCCUCUGAGGUAAAAGAGGUUGCCUGAGGUAAAAAUUAAAAAAAGCCGGCGAGGAGGAGGGGACAGACGGAGGCGAUCAGGACACAUGGCGGCAGCGGCAGCAGCAGCCCCGGGGCUGGUUUGACAGAGAGGAGCGCUGCUGCUGCUGCUGCCUGCGAGGGAGAGAGGAUGUCGCUGCAGCCUUCAGAAGCCAACUCGGAGCUCCUCUCGCCCGCCGCCGGCGACAAGCGGCUGUUGCUGGGCUGCGGCGCGGAGGAGGGAGAGAGAGCGGAUUCCCCGGCGGAGGCGGCGGGAUCAGAGCAGGACGAGAGGGCGGCGGCGCUGGCGGCUGCGGAGGAGGAGGAGGGAGGAGGAGGAGGAGAGAAGAAACUGCCUCCCCAGCUGACGGAGCCCAGGGCAGCUUCUGGGAGCUUGGAGACGGGACCAAAAAAUGAUAUUUCACCAUUCAGCAGUUUCAUUUCAACCAUCAGCCAGAAACAAGAAGAUACUGGAAGUGGAAGCUCACCUACAGAAUUUGUUAUUGCAGAUAUAAAAAACACAAAAGAGCUUCCAUCCCUUGGCCACGAUGUUAGGCAAAAACAGCGCACCUCUGUAGAUAUACUUACAGCAGAAAUGAAAGUUUCAGUCCCACCAGAACAUCCUCUUCCCGUCCAAACAAAAACUCUAAUAGACUUCCGGGAAGACAUAGAAAAAGCUAAAUUAUCAGGAGACUGGAAAACAGUGUAUGAUUUUUAUUCAAAAACGUUUGAUUCUUUUCCAGAAAUCAAUACUGCGUUUAAGAAAAAUAUUGAUGCCCCUUUUAAUUCCAUUGAAGACUGUGGAGUUGAUGCUAAGUUUGUGAAUGCUGUUUAUGAUGCCUUACUAAGUUCACCUCAAGAUAUCCAGAAGUGUGUCCUUAAGGGAAUAAUUAAUGGUUUAUUACAGGAAUGGAAGGGGCCACGUACAAAAGAUGAUCUUAGAGCAUAUUUUGUACUAAUACAGAAUCCUCUAUUUAGUACCACGUCAACAUUUGUUAUUUAUGCUCACUUGCUAAGACAGAUUGCUGCCUUAACAGAAGGCGAUCAUCACUUCCUAAUUCACUGGUUUAAAAAGAUAUCACAGAAGAGAUUCAAGCAAGUGCUAGACAGGCUGCUACAGUUUAUUUCUCUACGACUCUUUCCUGCAAAGCCUGAAGAAUUGCCUCCUCUGGAAAAGUGUUCUUGGUGGAUUCCAUCAGCAGCCAAAGUGUUGUCUUUAUUUAAUACUUCAAAUAGUCUAGCUAAUCCUUCUAUUGUUCCAUAUAUGGAUUUUUAUAAUUCUACACUGGAUCAUAUUGAUCUCAUGGAAGAAUAUCAUAAUUGGCAAUGUUAUGGAAAUACUCAAAGGUUUUCCUUCUGUCAAUAUCCAUUUAUUAUUUCUAUAGCAGCAAAAAAGGUUAUUAUUCAAAAAGAUUCUGAACAACAAAUGAUAAAUAUUGCACGGCAAAGCCUUGUGGACAAAGUCUCACGGAGGCAGAGACCUGACAUGAACAUGUUGUUUCUAAAUGUGAAAGUGAGGAGAAUGCACCUAGUUAGCGAUUCACUAGAUGAGCUGACAAGGAAAAGAGCAGAUUUGAAAAAGAAAUUGAAAGUUACAUUUGUAGGAGAAGCUGGUCUUGACAUGGGUGGCCUAACAAAAGAAUGGUUUCUUCUUCUAAUUCGACAAAUUUUUCAUCCAGACUAUGGCAUGUUUACAUAUCACAAGGACUCUCACUGUCAUUGGUUUAGCAGCUUGAACUGUGAUAACUACUCUGAAUUCCGAUUGGUUGGUGCUCUAAUGGGACUAGCUGUGUAUAAUAGUAUCACACUGGAUAUUCGAUUUCCACUAUGCUGCUACAAAAAGCUACUUAGUCCUCCCAUUGUACCAAGUGAUCAGAAUGCACCUGUAGGAAUUGGUAGCGUUACUAUUGAUGACCUAUGUCGGGUAAUGCCGGAACUGGCUCAUGGACUAAAUGAACUUCUUUCCUAUGAAGGGAAUGUUGAAGAAGACUUUUAUUCAACCUUCCAGGUAUUUCAAGAAGAAUUUGGAGUCAUAAAAUGUUACAACCUAAAGCCUGAUGGUGAUAAAAUCGCAGUUACAAAUCAGAAUAGAAAAGAGUACGUUCAACUUUAUGUAGACUUCCUUCUCAACAAAUCAAUCUACAAACAGUUUGCAGCAUUUUAUUAUGGAUUUCAUAGUGUCUGUGCUUCAUAUGCAUUAAUGCUGCUUCGUCCUGAGGAGGUUGAAAUUCUAGUUUGUGGAAGUCCUGAACUGGAUAUGCAUUCUCUUCAGAAGCACACGCAAUAUGACGGUUACCAGAAAACUGACCUUACUGUCCGGUAUUUCUGGGAAGUAGUACUUGAAUUUCCUCUUGAACUUCAAAAGAAGCUCCUGCAUUUUGCUACAGGAAGUGACAGAGUACCUGUAGGAGGAAUGGCCGACCUGAAUUUCAAGAUUUCAAAGAGUGAAGCAUCCACAAAUUGGUUACCUGUUGCCCACACUUGCUUCAAUCAGCUCUGCCUGCCUCCUUACAAGACCAAAAAAGAGCUGAAACAGAAGUUGACAAUUGGAAUUUCAAAUGCAGAAGGCUUUGGUUUAGAAUAAGAACACUUGAAAAGUAUAGCCAAUGUAGCACUCGCUUUCCUCUGACUGUGCCUUUAAAGCUUUUCAUUUUGCUUUUAAUUCUGUAACAGUCUUACCUAGAACAGUAUAGAAUUGUUUGUUUGUUUUUUAAAGAAAAAGUGCACUCUUUUCUGUAUAGAAAUAUACUCUCUUGCUGGAAAACAAUUUUGUACAGUAUUCAUGUUUAUUUGUUUUUACAAUACUCGAUAGAGGAAAGAUGUCAGGACUGUCAGAUCUGAGGAUGUAUAUAUUUGCCUUCGUCUAAAUGAAACUGUCUCUUACUGUCUUCACAAAGGGAGGUGACUUAAGAAAGUCAGCCUCUGUCUCCUCAGGUUGCACAAGCUACAGGCAAAAGCUACAGACUACUUCACUGUUGGUUUAGCUUAUGGAUAUUCCCCAGGGAAGUACAGCAAAUAAUAUAUAUUUUAAAAUACUUUUAUAUUGUAAGUCGCCUCAAGACAAAUUUUAGUAGUAGGCAUCUAAGAAAUUAAAUGGGGGGGAAUCUUGAUUAAUUAAACCUGAUGAAAGGUGAUCUCCAAACAGUACACACAAUAUAGCAGAGCUUAUAGCUGCCAUUGACCUGAGGCAUGUGGUGAGGCAAAUAACAGUUUUAAGGUAGAGCAAAUAUAGUAUUAAUAUAUUGUUAAUAUUUGGGCUUUCAUUCUCAAGAAAUGAACUAUUUUAAAAGCAUGUAAAUAAUUGCCUGUAGGCCAAUAUGAUUUUGAUAGUGCAAUAUAAAGCUAAAGAUUUAUUUUUACAAAUUUUAGGGUUUCCGAUGUUAUAUAUUAAGCCUUUACAUAUUAACAGAGCUGAUUGUACAGGAAUGUAAAAACUGCUGUUUUAAAUUUAUCUAGAUUCUUGGACCAACUUUAAGUAUUAAAUCAAUUGCAUGAUUGUGAUAUUAAGCUAGACAGUUUGGCUGUUAGUGUACUUUUGUAAUUGUAAUUUUAAGAAAAGGAAAUAUAAUGUAUAAUAGUACAUUUGAAUUUAUUUGAUGGUAAACAAGUCACCUCUCAAAGCAAUGAAAGGUGUAAUUUUGAUAUUUUAAAAUUAUACAUCUUUUCAUUAGGAAUUUCAUACUGUCUUUUACACAAGGUUUAAAAUAAAUUGAGCAAAUUUUUA